ACCGCCCAAAGGCCUGACGUGGUUUCUCUGGCAACGCGGCGCCUCGAGCGGGUGAAGCCGCCGCCGCGGGGCCGGGCCGGGCGGAGCCGGGGCCGGGGAUGGAAGCGGUCCGGCUGCCUUCUCUACUCGCACUGUUGCUGUGUGUCGGCCUGAGCGGGCACUUACUGUCGGCUGCCGCUGGCAACCAGCGACCCAUUAUCGGUGUGCUGGCUCAGGAAACAGGCGGUGAUAUAAUUCAGUUUGGCAAAAGCUACAUUGCUGCGUCAUAUGUGAAGUUUCUAGAAUCUGGCGGUGCAAGAGUGGCGCCUAUAAGCAUUAAACUAACAGUUGCUGAAUAUACAAAGUUGUUUCAUUCCAUAAACGGGGUGCUCUUUCCUGGAGGUGAAAGUUCUGUUCAAGAAUCCAGAUAUUCUGAGAUUGCAGCCAUCUUUUAUAAUCUUGCGCGACAGGUAAAAGAUAAAGGAAUUCAUUUCCCAGUGUGGGGAACAUGUCUUGGAUUUGAAGAACUAACAGUUCUUACCAGUGGAGAAGAUCUUCUUACUAUCACAAACACUUCCAAUCUUACUCUCCCUUUACAUUUUACAGAUGAUGCUUUUCACAGUCGAAUGUUCAAACACUUUCCGAAAGAUCUAUUGCAAUCAUUGCAAAUCAAACCACUGACAGGAAACUACCACAAUUGGAGCAUUUCUCGGAAGAAUUUUACAAACAAUAAAAAAUUAAGUAAGUUCUACAGAAUCCUGAGUACAAAUAUGGACAGUAAGCAGAAAGAAUUUGUGUCGACCAUGGAAGCUUUCAGAUAUCCUAUUUAUGCAGUACAGUGGCACCCUGAGAGAAGUCCUUAUGAGUGGAAAUUAACUAAGGAAAUCCCACAUUCCUCUGAAGCAAUUAAAGUCUCGUGGUAUUUAGCUGAUUUUUUUGUUAAUGAAGCACGGAAGAAUUUCCAUCAGUUUUCUAACAGGGAGGACGAAGUGAAAGCUUUGAUUUAUAAUUAUUCACCUGUUUACACUGGAGAUAUUUCUAACUUUGAACAGAUUUAUUUAAUUGAUUAGAUUGAAAUCAGGUGUAAUUGUCUUAGUUAAUAAAUAUAAAUAAGCACGUUGUAGUUUUCCCUUUCUUGACCUAUAAGUAGGGGAAUCACCAUUCAUUGUAACGUAAGCAUAAUGAUCUCGGGUAAAUAUCUCUAAUUUUCACAUGUGAAAUAACUGGUACAAUAAUGUUGGUAAAGACAAUCGUGGGAAAAGGAAGCUAAAUCGCAAAAAUUCUAGGCAAUACUUCUUAGUAAGUGGUAAAGAAUGUGAAAUAGCCAAGAAUUAAUGAAGCAUCUACAUACAGAUUUUUUCAAACUAUGAAAAGCACCACUCACCCAUAGCCCCCAACUGCACCUGUAAAGCUGACAUACUAAAUGAGAACACAAUUCUUUAUCUAAGAAAAAGAUGUUGCUGGAGUCUGAGCAAAGAAAGAUUACACCCUUGAUGGGGGAAACAAAUUGACAGAGGUACUACAAAGGGUAGCAAUGCGUGAAGUGGAUAAAUCACC